CUUCACUCGUCGACGCUGCUCCUAACUACAAUCCAACAAUCUGUGUCUUAGAAUUGAACAUCAAUGGCGACUCUUCGAUUUCACCAUCCACUUCCCACAUUUACUCCUAUUUCAUCCCCUUUUCCAAAAACCCAAAUUCAAAGAACCUGUCUGUUUAAUCUACACACUGCUGGAGCUUUCAAGCAUUUGGUCACUGCUGCUCACCCAGAUGGAUUCGUACCCGGCUCCAUUUCCAAAACCGCAUCGUUCGCCCAGUUGAUUGAGUCGUUGAUUGAUAGAAAGAAUUUGACCGAGGCAGAGGCGGAGGAGUCUCUCGAUUUUCUACUGCAUGAUGCCAAUGAUUCGCUGAUAAGUGCUUUUCUUGUUCUUUUGAGAGCCAAAGGUGAAACUUAUGAAGAAGUGGUGGGAUUGGCGAGAGCCAUGAUCAAACACUGUAAAAAGGUAGAAGGAUUAGGUGAUGCUGUGGACAUUGUUGGAACCGGUGGUGAUGGUGCAAAUACCGUUAAUAUCUCAACCGGAUCAUCAAUACUAGCAGCCGCUUGUGGAGCAAGAGUUGCAAAGCAAGGGAAUAGGUCAAGCUCAUCUGCAUGUGGAAGUGCUGAUGUAUUAGAAGAAUUGGGUGUUGCGAUUGAAUUAGAACCUGAGGGGGUCAAAAGGUGUGUGGACAAGGUGGGAAUUGGUUUUAUGAUGUCUCCGAUAUACCAUCCUGCUAUGCAAAUUGUUAGACCUGUGAGGAAGCAGCUCAAAGUGAAAACUGUAUUCAACAUCCUCGGUCCUAUGUUAAAUCCAGCAGGUGUAUCUUUUGCAGUUGUUGGUGUCUACAAGGAAGACCUAGUUCAUAAAAUGGCAAAAGCACUUCAACGCUUCGGCAUGAAAAGAGCACUAGUUGUCCACUCUGAAGGCUUGGAUGAAAUGAGUCCGCUUGGGCCAGGGCUAGUCCUUGAUGUUACCCAAAACUCAAUUGAGAACUUCUCAUUCGACCCACGGGACUUCGGGAUGCCACGUUGUACAGUAGAUGACUUGCGUGGUGGCGAUCCCAAGUAUAAUGCGGAAAUGCUAAGACGUGUAUUAUCGGGAGAAAAAGGAUCUAUUGCUGAUGCAUUUGCAUUGAACGCGGCGGCCGCCUUGUUGGUGAGCGGAUGCGUAGAUAGCCUAGGAGAGGGAGUAGGUGUGGCUCGGGAGACGUUAGAAUCCGGAAAAGCGAUCACGACCCUUGACUCGUGGAUAGAGAUCUCCAACAACUCCAUUGUGAUGGCAUGAACUUUGAAUUAUAAUGUUGAAGGUAACAGAUCUGUUGUAGAUUAAGGUUUCCUUUCUUUUCAGUUUUAUAGGGUUCAAUGAUGUGGUUUUGUCAUUUUCCCUUGUCUUAAAAGGGAUUGGAAAGUUUUGUAACUUGUUCUUUUAUUUUGAAGAAGAUAAAUACUGAUAUCAUACAAUAAACCAAUCAAAUUUGUUAAAAGUAAUAAGAUGUAAUUGUAACCUUGUGCGUUGGUAU